CUCUUGAGUUUAAUACAAGGGCUCAUAAUCUCACAGCACAUAUCUGCAGUUUGAGUGGCCACUCCAGAGGUCCUACUUCCGUUUUCCGCCAUUAAAAUAAAACCCGACUACUUCUAAAUCCACCACAAGAUCAGUUCCCAUGUCUUCCACGUCAUUGAAAAUAGUUUUCGAGGCCGCAAAUAAAAUUACUUCUCUUUCGCGUUGUUGCCUCCUGAAAAAAUGGCGUAGCGGCACCAACUCUAUCGGGAUUAGAAAAAGCCAUUAGAAAAGAAAAUUGAUGGAGCCUCACGCUCUAUGCGUAAAACCACCGGGUUUUUAUAUAACUGCCAGUAAAAAUUGCGGUAACUGCCGCCGCCACUUCAGCCUUCCGAUCUUCUGCCAGCGUUCGCCGGAACACUCCAGUGAGACGCGUCUGAAGAAGCGGCGGGAUGUGCUUAUUACUCCAUUCCUCGCCGCUGGAGCUUACGCUCUCCGAUCGGCGGUGGCUAGAGCGGAGGAGCGACCGGAGAUGGAGAGCCAUAUGGAGGCUCGUCAAGCUCCUAAGCAGUCAGCUUUGAGUUCUGAUGGCGCGGCGGAAUCGCCAGAGGCGGCCAAGGAGGAGGUGGUAAAUUCGCGGAUCUAUGACGCCACGGUGAUAGGAGAGCCAAUGGCGCUGGGGAAGGACAAAAGUAAGGUUUGGGAGAAGAUGAUGGAUGCGCGGAUUGUGUACUUAGGUGAGGCAGAGCAGGUUCCGAUUCGAGAUGACAAAGAUUUGGAGCUUGAGAUUGUGAGGAAUUUGAGGAAGAGAUGUGUGAACGCUAAGCGGCACUUGUCUUUGGCUAUGGAGGCAUUUCCCUGUGAUUUGCAGGAACAACUUAACCGAUUUAUGGAUAAAAGGAUCGACGGAGAGGCACUUAAGUCUUGUGUAACAUAUUGGUCAUCUCAGCGCUGGCAAGAGUAUGAGCCUCUAUUAACUUACUGUCGCGAUUAUGGGAUACGAUUGGUUGCAUGUGGUGUCCCACUUGAGGUCCUACGCACAGUUCAAGCUGAAGGAGUUCAUGGGCUCUCAAAAGCUGAUCGUAGGAAAUAUGCUCCUCCAGCUGGUUCAGGCUUCAUCUCUGGAUUCCCUUCUAUCUCCAGGAGAUCAUCAAUUGAUUUAAAUUUUACCAGUCAACCUUCUUCUUACGGUCCAAAGUCAUACCUUUCAAUUCAAGCAAAAGCAGUCGAGGACUACACGAUGUCACAGGUCAUCUUACAAGCAUUGGUGGAUGGUGGAUCGACAGUCAUGCUGGUAGUAGUUACAGGCGCUAGUCAUGUCACUUAUGGGUCGAGAGGAACUGGACUGCCUGCAAGAAUUUCAAGGAAAAUGCAAAAGAAAAAUCAAGUGGUAGUAUUACUUGACCCUGAAAGGCAAUACAUAAGGCGGGAGGGUGAAGUACCCGUAGCAGAUUUCUUGUGGUAUUCUGCAGCGAGGCCGUGUAGUAGAAACUGUUUCGACCGUGCUGAAAUUGCUCGAGUUAUGAAUGCAGCAGGAAGAACGAGAGAAGCUUUACCACAGGAUAUUCAGACUGGACUAAAUCUUGGUCUUGUAUCACCAGAAGUAUUACAGAAUUUCUUUGAUUUGGAGCAGUAUCCCAUCAUAUCCGAAUUGACUCACCGUUUCCAGGGUUUCAGGGAAAGGUUACUGGCAGAUCCUAAAUUUCUCAAUAGAUUAGCUAUAGAAGAGGCCAUAUCAAUUACAACUACCCUCUUAGCUCAGUAUGAGAGGCGUAAAGAGAAUUUCUUUGAAGAGCUCGAUUAUGUUGCUACAGAUACAUUAAGAGGAAUAGUUGUCGACUUCUUCACCGUGUGGCUUCCGGCCCCGACUUUGUCUUUCCUCCCGACUAUUAAUGAUGUUACUGCCCCUGACAGCUUGGAAGCGGUCAAAGGCCUUUUGGGAUCCAUUCCGGACAAUGCGUUCCAGAAAAAUCUUGCAGGGAAAGACUGGAAUCUCAAUCACAGAAUCGCAUCAGUGCUUUUUGGUGGUUUCAAACUGGCAUGUGUUGGAUUCAUAUCUAGCAUUGGGGCUGUGGCUUCAUCUAAUAUUCUCAACGCCCUGCGGAAACUUCUUAAUCCAAACAUGAAGCAGUUGAAUAAACGAUCGCCUAUACUGAAAACAGCCUUUGUUUAUAGUACCUUUCUUGGAACAUCAGCAAAUCUGCGCUAUCAGGCUAUUGCUGGAAUAGUGGAGCACCGGAUUUCAGAACAGAUUGACCAGGAAUUGCUUGUUAAUUUGAUCUCUUUUGUGGCUCGAACAAUAAACUCUUAUUGGGGAACCCAGCAAUGGAUUGAUCUUGCACGGUAUACAGGACUUCAGGCUCGUAAGAGUGAAGAAUUAUCAUUAGAGUCACCAGAUACUUCAAAUUCUGCAGCACUAAAAUGCAACAUUCUAGAAGAUACCAACAUUGAUGAAAGCAACAAUCGGUAGAUGAGACUCGAUGUCAUUUCCUGUAAUGCUUUGAUAAUCUGUAAAAAAUAUGGAUACUUUUUUUUUAUUGGCCAAUUUCUAUACUUUCUCCAAUUUUUUAACAGCUUAAGGAGUACAGAAUGUUGAAAUAAUUACGAAUGGAAAACCACAACUUAGUAACGCCAUUGAGAACAGUUACAAAGUAUAUGCAGUUUAUUUUAUAGUUACGACUUACGAGGCUGAAUAACAUUUGACUGUCCUUUCUGCUACUAGUCUUGGGUGGCUUGUUGUAAUGGAUGCUUUUAUUUGAUUUAAAUUUGUCAUCCAAUACUGCAUAUAACAUCAAAUCCGUAAUGGAAGGUUG